AUGGUGCUGGUUGAGCAUGGGCUCUUAGAGCCGCCUGACCUCUCAAUGAUCAUAAACAAUCAUGACCAGCUUCAGCCCACUCCCCAACAGCUGGAAGUUGCAAUGGAAAGAUCUCAGGAUUACUGGUAUCAUCUUACUGCAAUGGCAGUUACCCGGCACUGCAAAGGAAUUCCGCCUAUCUUAACGAGCCUUCGAGGCACCCUAAACUGCCUCCCCACAAUCAGCACAAGGCAAGGCAAAACAAUGAUACUGCAUCUUGAUUCAUCCCCGAGUGAAACACUUUGCAUUCAAGCCUCAUCUACCUGGCACAUUACCGGCACGGCAAAAUGUGGCGUUGUUGGGAAAAAGAGAGAUAUUCCCAGACUACUUCAUAUAGGCAGCCGCACACUCAUUCCAUGCGAGUUUGGCGGGAAGAGCUUUCAUCAAUGGCCUAGUAUUUCAGGCGAGGGAAACAGAGCACCAAGUUACCUGGGAAUUUUAGCCCUAGGCUGGUCAUACAUUCUCUCUGCUCGGUUGUUGAAGUUGCAAGUGAAGAACUGCGAAAUGGCAUAUACAGACUUGAAGCACACAAGGAUUCAGCAGAGCAAGAGCCACGGUUCCUCGUCGGUCACUAUUGAUAUUGGCAAGGUGGAUGAAGAUGUAGCGAGAUGGUGGUCAGCUCUCUUGGCACCUGGCCAAGGUUGGAAAGCCAUCAUAUCUCAACAGAUGGAUCAAGAAUGGGAAUUGAAGGAGCCGGUUUUCAAAGAUGUUGCUGCUUCCAGUCCUCCAUCAUUCAACAAGGCAUUUGAGUUCCUUGUGCAGUUCUCCCAACAACAUAAUUUGGACAGCCAGCUGCCUGUUGCUCUUGCAACAGCAUUGACAUUUCCUGCACACAACCACCAUGGCACUGCUAUUCAACUACCCCUUCCAUUGCCUCUUCCUGCCAAUAACCAUGCCCAACAGGGAGUCGACUCCGCCAAUUCCACUGCUCUGGGCUGGCCAACUGUGGACAAAGAACUUUCUUACUACAUGACUCUGAGUUGCAGCCUGGAAACACUUACAUCAACUCUUUGCGGAAUGUUCUGGGAGCCUACCGUCACAUGCAAUAUGGUGAGCCCGUGGCUUCACCCCAUCCUCCAAGAAAUUCCAGAAUGCCCAAGAUUUUCUUCCACUCCUGGGCUCUACUACGAAAUCCUCGCAGUCAUAUGCAGCUUUCAUCAACCACAAAUAUUCACCCUCUGGCUCGGUGCCGUUACCAGCGGUCUGACCCCAAUUAUUCUUUGUCAAGUUCAAAGGGGCAGACCUCCUGUUGACCCCAAUUCGUUUCCCUGGACAGGAUGUCCGCAGAGUUUUAUGAAUCUCCUAGGAACAGGGUCAUAUAUCUUGAAUAAUACAUCUAAUGAAGUCCAAAGAGCCGAUGUGUGGCGUCUUCUGUACCUCCCCCCUGUUGUUGACGAUGGAUUAUAUUAUAACAGUCCGCUGUUCACCCCGUGGGCUCCAUUCGGGAGCACCACUGCCGGCCAAUGUGUGUUGCGCGUUGCCGCUCAUCUGCGGUGCCCAAGGCACCAUCUUGAGUAUGCACAAUGGAAUUGGAUAUUGGAGAAUGGGUCAAUAGUUGAAGGCCAAGAAUAUGACAAAACAUCUAGCGACAGAUUGGACGAAAGUAGCACAGCUAUCAACAUGUUGGAUACAGUCUUCCCACGAAAAUCUCCCAGCCAAGAGGCGUCUCAGGAAGCGUCGCUUGACUUAUUUCGAUGGGUUAUGAUUAACGGCGAAGGAACACCGCCCGAGAAAAUAUAUAGAGACGAGUGGCUCCAACUUGAAGAUGAGAGUGACGAAGAGACAGGUAUGUCUGAUGACAAAAACAGUGCGAGCCAUGCUUCAGAUGAACACUUAAAAGGACUUGAAGAGUGGCUUGACCAACCCACGGCACCCUCACCAGUCCCAAGCUUUGACAAAGGUGCUUGCAUGGAAACUGGUGCUGACUAG